UUUUCCGCUCCCUGUUCCUUUUCCUCGGAAGCAGCCCAGGGAGAAUGAAAAAGGCAGGCUGCAGCCGGCGGAGUCCCCAGUCAGCCAGAGCCAGGAGCCCAGGUCCAGAACUUCAGCCUCAGGAUGUCGACAACACUGCUGUGGAUACUGCUCCUGCCCAGCUGGGCCCUUUGUAGCCAGAAAGCCACAGAUGGCCCGCAGAGCCUCCACAUGCUCCAGAUCUCCUACUUCCGCGACCCCCAUCACGUGUGGCACCAGGGCAACGCGUCGCUGGGGGGGCACCUGACACACGUGCUGGAAGGUCUGGGCACCAACGCUACGAUCCUCCAGCUGCAGCCCCUGCAGGAGCGCAAGAGCUGGGCGCACACGGAGAGAAGCCUGAGGUUGUACCUGUCCCAGUUCCAGAACCUCGUGCUGCUUGUGCAUCUGGAGCGCGGCCUGGCCUUUCCUCUGACCAUCCGCUGCUUCCUGGGCUGUGAGCUGCCUCCUGAGGGCUCCAAAGCCCAUGUCUUCUUCCAAGUGGCUGUGAAUGGAAGCUCCUUUGUGAAUUUCCAGCCAGGGACAGCCUUGUGGGUGGCAGACACCCAGGCACCCUCCAAAGUGGUCAACUACACCCUGCAGCAGCUUAACACCUACAAUCGUACUCGGUAUGAACUGAGGGAAUUCCUGGAGGACACCUGUGUGCAGUAUGUGCAGAAACACUUCACCAUGAAAAACUCAAAAGGACACCAAACAGGCCGCUCCUACACUUCGCUGGUCCUGGGUAUCCUGAUAGGCAGUUUCAUCAUUGCUGGUGUGGCUGUAGGCAUCUUCCUGUGCACAGGCGGACGGCGAUGUUAAUUACUUUCCAGUCCCCUCUGAUAUUGGGCUGGAUUGAUAGGGGCUGACAAGGGAAGGUUUCAGCUCACUGCGAAGCCAAACAAACUCCCCAACUGAGACACCGUAUCCAAGAAGGUUUGGAGUGACAGCUCCUUUCAUCACCUACAUCUGCCCACCAAGGGAUGGAGGGAGGGGGAUGGAGAGGCUAGGUAGGCAAGUACCUGGUUUGCCAAGAGCUUGCCAAGAGCUUGCAUGCUUUGCUGAAUUGGUCUAAGAAGGGAAUGUUUAUCUGCCAUUGUGGAAAACAUCAUGGAGUUGGGGUAGGAGGGUCUGUGGCCCAUCCUCAAAAGAGAAUUACCUGAGGCAUCCCCAUAACUAAAUAAAACAAGU